GAUACACCGUCGUCCAAACAGAUCCUCUAAAAACUUGAAAUGAAACAACCAGCCAAGCACCUAUUUCCCCUUCCCAACUGUGUCUCUCUACAACAUUCCAGGCAGACACUAAACCCUAUUUAAACCCAGCGAACCCAAAAACAAAAGCAAAAAAAAUAAAAAUAAAAAUUAUAUAUGGCUUCCUCAGUAGUUCGAUCUCGCAUUUUAUCAAUCAUAUCAAGAAACAAUAAACCUAAUCGCAGAUUCUUUUGUUCAAAUAAAAAACCCAUCAUCUAUUCUCAAUCAACUAUACCCGAUCAAUCUGCGGCGGCGGCGGAGGCGGCGGAGGCAGCUCCGGCGCAGGCUGCGGGGAUUCGGGAGAAUAAGGCAUGGAACUUUUUCAAGUAUGGAAUUAUUGGCGCUCUCACUGGAGCCACUGCUUUUGCUGGAUACGCUUCUUACGCCUACAGUUUGCAUGAAGUGGAGGAGAAGACGAAAACAUUGCGAGAAUCAGUAAACUAUACUCCUAGUAAUGACGCUUCCAAUGUUGAGAAGUAUCAAGGUUUGCUGUACUCCACAGUGAUGACAGUUCCUGCUAAAGCGGUGGAACUUUACUUGGAUCUGAGGAAGCUACUGGAAGAACAUGUCAAAGGUUUUACUGAACCAACCUCAGAUAAACUUCUUCCUGAUUUGCAUCCUGCUGAGCAGCAUGUUUUUACUCUCGUUUUAGAUCUUAACGAGACAAUAAUUUAUAGUGAUUGGAAGCGUGACAGGGGCUGGCGAACAUUCAAACGACCGGGAGUAGAUGAUUUCUUGCAACACCUUGGACGGUUCUAUGAAAUUGUGGUGUAUUCGGAUCAGCUAAGUAUGUAUGUCGAUCCUGUUGUUGAAAGGUUGGAUACAAACCACUUUAUCAGGUACAGGCUAUCAAGGAGUGCUACCAAGUAUCAGGAUGGCAAGCAUUAUAGAGAUCUUUCAAAACUUAAUAGAGAUCCAGGGAAAAUCAUCUAUGUGAGUGGUCAUGCAUUUGAAAAUAGCCUUCAGCCAGAAAAUUGUGUCCCGAUUAAGCCAUUCAAGAUCGAUGAAACGGGUGAUGUACCUCUGGAUACAGCACUUUUGGAUCUUAUUCCGUUUCUUGAGUAUGUUGCUCGCAAUAGUCCAUCUGACAUCAGAACAGUUUUGGCAUCUUAUGAAAGAAAGGAUUUAGGAAAAGAGUUCCUUGAACGUUCUAAAGAUUAUCAGAGGCGAAUGCAAGAACAACGGCAGCAAGGCCGCCUCUGGCGUCGCUGAGGGCUCGAGUAUAGUGUAAAAUGUAGUAGUAACUCAAGUUUUGGUAGACAGGGAUAUGAAGUGAAGAUUUUGGCAUAGUUUUAAUGCUGGACACAAGAAAUUGUGAGUUUUCAUCCCUCUUCUUGGAAUCAUAAUUCUUACUAAACUUUCUAGAUUAUUGGAGAAAUCAAGAUUCGUUUUUCCCCCCACUGUAACAACACUCGGAUGUAUGCCACUGAUUUUUCUAGUGUUGCAACAAUGUGGCUGUUCUGUAAUUGAAGAUUGCAGAAAAUGAGACUAACACUCGGAUGUAUGCCACUGAUGAUCCAUUGGAGUUUGAAAUGUGAGGUCUGUUCGUCA